AUGGCCAGGAAGGCCCAUAAAGAUGAAGGAAAACUAGCUCAAAAGUGGGGGAAAGGUCCUCAAAUUAACGAGAACGGCGUCCUGCUAGUGCAGCCUCCAAAAUCAGUUCCCAACAAAGACCACAUGCAACGACUCAACUACCUUUUCCAGGCAUCUACAUACCACACAAUUGUCGACCAAGACGAUAAGAGCCACGCGCUGUCGCGCAUGUACAUGCGCAAUCUGGACUUGAUUCAAAAGAAAACAAAGAGCGCGUUGACUCCGGGCAUGAAGAGGCAGAUCUGCAAACGGUGUCAUAGAGUUUUGGUGCCCAUGAGGACACUGGAGCAGUCCGUUGUGAACGAAAGCAAGAACAACGUUCGGCAGAGCCAGGUCUUGGUUUUGACGUGCAAGUGUGGAUCGAAGAAGCGGUUUCCCUAUGGCCAGGACACCAAGUACAAGACUCACGUGGAGAGAGACAACCUCAUCUUUCUACAGAGAUAG